AAAAAUAGUCCUAUACAGCACUGAACUUCUUUCAACAAGUAAACAAGGAGAGAAGAGAUCAUCAAAAUAAAAAAGAAUUAAAACUUUGAAAAAUGAUUUAUUAUUAACGGUUUGAUUGCAUUAUUAGUGCUGAAGUGUAAUACUUGUUAGUCCGCGCGCGGCCAUUGUCAGGCGGGUCACAACAAGCAGGCUUGCGCAGCGCACACCCAAAAAAUAUAUAUGUACAUGCAUAUAUGCGUGUGUAUAUAUAUGUGUGUGUGUAAAGACAGACUCGAGAAGGCCAACGUUUAAAUGGAAAAACUCGUAUGUAACAAAAACAAUAUGCACUUAAAGUGUGCAACAAUUACAAGAUUUAAAGGAAAAGCUGUUGAUAAUAAGUCACAACAAAUAAAUCGAAACUGUAUGCGAAACGAGUAAAAGACAAGCGAACGAUCAAGAGUGUGACAAAGAGUCAGAUAGAGUAAUUCACUCUAAUAUAUAUAUAUCUAUAGGCAUAUAUUUAAAUUACAGUUAAUAAAUAUAUACAUAAAUUGAAAAAAAACAGCCAUGGGCGAUACAUUGUAUUCAAACGAGACGUACAUGUUCAGCAGAUUCUCGAUUGAUCUCUGGAAGUACGAUCCGCCAGACACUGUCCGUCUAACAUGCCUAUUACCCAACGGUCUGAUGAUAUAUUUGUUCGUCAAGUCCACGGCAACUAUACGCGAGGUUAAAGCGGAAAUAGUGGCAGAGGCUAAAUUUCAGCCAUUGAGCUAUAUGAUUAAGGAUGCCUGCGAUUAUCAGGUAUUUGGCAUCUCGCACUACACUAUCGAGCCGUAUACGGACGAGACAAAGCGUCUGUUCGAGGUGCAGCCCUACUUUGGCUUGCUUAGUUUAGGGGAACGCGUCGAUACGACCACCUUUUCCAGCGACUAUGAGCUGACCAAAAUGGUUACCGACAUAAUUGGCACAUCGUUCGAUCAUCAAAACAAUCAGACUACACCAGAAGUAGAUUAUUUUCGCACAAAGAUGUCACUUGUGUGCGAUGAAAUUAAAGAGGAGCGCUCAAGAUAUUCAUGGCAGCAACGAUUACUCUACGAGCAUCCACUGCGGUUGGCCAACUCGACAGCCAUGCCAGAGCUAAUUCGGCAACGUCAUCCAAGCUCGGCAUUUCUGAUUGCCGUCAAGAACGAGAACGAUCAGAGCACAUUCACGUUGUCUGUGCUAGAGCAUGAUACGCCGCUCACAUUGAUCGACAGCACGCUCCAAAAGAUGAACCGCUCACAAAUGAAGAUGAACGAUCGCGCCGCCGACUACAUACUCAAGGUGAGCGGUCGUGAUGAGUAUCUGUUUGGUGAUCAUCCGCUGAUACAGUUCCUGUAUAUACAAGACAUGCUCUCUGAUGCAGCCGUGCCAAAUGUGGUUCUUCAAUCGGUACUGCGACUCGAGUCCUACAUCAACCACUACAGCGAGCAAAGUCUGGGGCAAAAAAAGCCACCAAAACCAAAUCCUCAAAUCGCACAACUCCCAUUAGAGCCCAUGACCGUGAUAUGGGAUUUGGAGAAUGUGAACUUCACGUUAACACUGCACGGCGUUACCAAUGUCAACUUCGAUCGUGCUCGGGCCUUUAAAGUAGGCGUCCAUGUUGGUCUCUAUCAUGGAAAACGCAAACUGUGCUCCCAGCUUACCGUCGAUGCACCCAGCUGCGGCAAUUCGCAGGACUUUCAAUUUGAUAAUAACGUAAUGACAUUUGAUAUACAAAUGCGAAACCUGCCGCGAAUGACGCGUCUGUGUAUUGUGGUCUUCGAGGUGACCAAAAUGUCGCGCUCGAAGAAAUCUUCUAAUAACAGCAGCACGCUUAAGGAUGAGUUUUACAAUAACAAUCCAUUAGCCUGGGUCAAUACAACGCUCUUUGACUACAAAGAUCAAUUGCGCAAGGGACGUCAAACGCUAUACACAUGGACCUAUGCCGACGAUAUCCAGUCGGAUGAUGUGUUUUACUCGCUGGGCACUGUCGAGUCAAAUCCACGGAUUGACGGUUGCGCCAUGGUGCAUUUAACAUUCCACCAAGGCGCCAAUGAGAACUGCAACGUCGAUGUUUGCUAUCCCAGCGAGGAUGAAGUUCUACAAUAUGCAGCAGAACGUGCGUAUUCCAAUCGUGAUAAACAACCAGUAAUGACAGAGGGAGACAAAGCUCUGCUUGGCAACCUACUGGCCAAUUAUUCGGGUAAAGACAAGAUCUACGAAAUGGUGGACCAAGAUCGCAAUACCAUAUGGGAGCACAAAAACGAUAUAUUAGACGAAUUUCCAGAGAAUCUGUCUGUGCUGUUGCAAUGCGUCUACUGGAAAGAUCGCGAUGAUGUGUCUGAUAUUUGGAGCUUGCUCAAGAUGUGGCCGUUGAUAUCCAUUGAACGCUCGCUGGAACUGCUAGACUAUGCCUAUCCUGAUCCUGCCGUGCGCGGAUUUGCCAUCAAGUGUCUGCAUAAACUCAAAGACGAAGAACUUCUGUUGUACUUAUUACAGCUGGUGCAGGCAAUUAAGCAUGAGUCAUAUUUAGCAAAUGAUUUGGUAAUAUUUUUGCUAGAACGAGCUCUGCGUAAUCAACGCAUUGGACAUUAUUUUUUCUGGCAUUUGCGGUCCGAAAUGCAAACGCCCUGCAUGCAGACGCGGUUUGGUCUGCUUCUGGAAGCUUACCUUAAAGGUUGCAAACAGCAUGUCAAGCCACUGCGCAAGCAACUCGAGGUGUUGGAAAAGCUAAAGCAGGGAUCCGUGAUAGCCAAGAAAGGUAGCAAGGAGAAAGUACGCAACGUGUUGCAGAAUUUUCUCCGCAACGAGCACAAUAACGGCGUCUUCCAAAAUAUACAAAACCCUUUAAACCCAAGCUUCAGAUGUAGUCGCGUCACACCCGACAAGUGUAAAGUGAUGGACAGCAAGAUGCGACCGCUCUGGGUAGUAUUUGAAAACGUGGAUCAGACGGCCAAUGAUGUGUACAUCAUAUUUAAAAACGGCGACGAUCUGCGCCAGGACAUGCUCACGCUGCAAAUGUUACGCGUCAUGGAUCAGUUAUGGAAACGCGAAGGAUUGGAUUUGCGUAUGAACAUCUACAACUGCAUUAGCAUGGAACAAAGGUUGGGUAUGAUUGAGGUGGUUCGUCAUUCAGAGACAAUUGCUAAUAUACAAAAGGAAAAGGGCAUGUUUUCGGCAACAUCACCAUUUAAAAAAGGCUCGCUCUACAGUUGGCUCAAAGAGCACAACAAAGCGCCUGAGAAACUUAACAAAGCCAUCAACGAGUUUACGCUUAGCUGUGCUGGCUACUGCGUUGCCACCUACGUGCUGGGUGUCGCCGAUCGUCAUUCUGACAAUAUUAUGGUCAAGCGUAAUGGACAGCUCUUCCAUAUUGACUUUGGUCACAUUUUGGGCCACUUUAAAGAGAAGUUCGGAGUGCGACGCGAACGUGUGCCCUUUGUGCUUACCCACGACUUUGUCUACGUCAUCAACAAAGGUUGUAUUGACCGCGAGGCAAAGGAGUUUUGCUACUUCCAGGAUUUGUGUGAACGCGCAUUUUUAAUAUUACGCAAACAUGGUUGCCUUAUUUUAUCGCUGUUCUCAAUGAUGAUUUCAACGGGACUGCCGGAACUUUCCUCAGAGAAGGACUUAAACUAUUUACGUGAGACUUUGGUGCUGGAUUACACUGAGGAAAAUGCACGAAAACAUUUUCAAGCGAAAUUCAGUGAUGCUUUGGCCAAUUCAUGGAAAACGUCACUCAAUUGGGCCUCGCAUAAUUUCUCUAAAAACAACAAACAGUGAACUACACCUUUAAUUUGUUGCACACAGGCAUAGACACUCCCUCAGAAUCCCCAGCUCCUCUUACUUAUCGGUCUACACUUCUGUUUACGUUUUCGGAUGAGGCGUAGUACAAUUUUUUUAUAUAAUACAUACAACCACAAAAAAGUUCAAAACUAUGUGUUCACUAUAUAAGGCCAAGAUACACAUAUACACCCACACACAGCUUAGAAAUAGUUAUUAACAGACCAUACGCUUCUGUCGCACCAUAAGUGCUUUAAUAUUAUUUCUUUCUUUUCUGUAAUGUUGUCUUGUCGACCUUUAGAAUUUGUUCAAGGGUUUUUCGUUCUCCUGAUUGACACAAGAUUCUAC